GGCCGUGUGAUGGUGGCGUAAGGGCGCGCUUGAGAGAGCAAGAGGAAGAGGAAGAGAGUGAUAUAAAGAGAGUCUGUGAGAAGAGGAACGCGGGGAAGCACGGACUCGUUCGGUCGAGACGUUAAAUACAGAUAGAAUUAGAUUAUUUGGGGAAAAGGAAGAAAAAGGGAAAUAAAAAUAAGGGGGGGCAGUUGUUCGCAUUGGGUCGCCUCUUAGGCAUGGCACCCGGCGCUGUGAUUUCGGAAACUACGAUGGUAUCGCUACAUUUUACGAUGGAUUAGUACCUUUUGUAGUUCGGAACAUUCACUUAGCCCUGUUGAUUUAGUGCCUCGAACUCUUCUUUCACACGAGAGCCCCGUGCUGGAGACAAUGGCGGAGGCGCCGGAGAGAACCAAGUGGCAGAUCCUGCUGGCGGCGCUGAGCAGCAUUUCGGUGGAGCCCGUGAUGCUGCUGGACGGCGUGGCCUACUCCAACAUGGUGGUGCUGGUGGAGAACCUGCAGAUGGACAAGGUUUGCCGCGUGAACCUCAACCACUCGGCCGAGGUCUGCGGCAACCUGUCGGAGCACAAGGCGGUGCGCGACGAGAUGACGCGCGAGGUCAGCGUGUUCGCCAUGUACAACGGCAUCAUCACCUCCAUCAUCCCGCUGUUCUUCAUCCUGUUCAUGGGCGCCUGGAGCGACAAGUACGGCCGCAAGACGCCGCUCCUCGUGGCCACGCUGGGCCACCUGCUCUACGCGCUCGGCUACCUCGUCAACUCGGCCGUGGAUGCGUGGCCCGUCGAGUACCUGCUCAUCGUGGCGCUGCUCGACUCGCUGGGCGGCGGCACCGUGUCCUUCCUGACAGCGGCCAACUCCUACAUGAGUGACGUGACCACCGAGGAGGCCAGGACCUCCCGCCUCGGCCUGGCCAACAGCAUCUGGUUCCUGGGCGGCCCCAUCGGCACCUUCAUCGGCACUUACAUCUACAAGGCGGGCGGCUACCAAGUGCUCUUCGGAACAUCGCUGUCCAUGUACCUGGUCUCGUGCGCCUACAUCAUCUUCCUGCUGCCGGAGAGCCACGGGCCCUUCGCCAACGUCAAGAAACUCGAGAAGAUCCUGGAGCCGAAGCAGUCGCUGCGCCUGCGGGAGAGCAUCGUGUGGGUGUACGGCAUCGAGAAGGACAAGAAGCGGGACCUGAUGCACACGGAGAGCGUGCGGGAGCGGGCCAAGAAGAUCUCCCUGGUGCAGAUGCUCAAGGACUUCUUCAACCCCCGCCGCUUCGUCGACAGCUUCAGGUGCACCCUCAAGAAGCGGGAGGGCCACGUCAGGAUCUACAUUCUGCUCCUCAUCUUCAGCAAUCUCCUACGCAAGCUCGGUCGAGGCGCCUACAUGUAUCUCUUCACCCGCCACGUGUUACACUGGCAGGCAAGCGACUAUGGCAUCUGGGUGACCUAUAAGAACCUUUUAGCUACUCUAGGCUCCCUGGUCGCCGUGCCCGUCCUCAGCGCCGGCCUGAAGGUGUCCGACAACGUGCUGGCGAUGGUCGGCGCGCUCUCCUCCGUCUUCGACUACAUCCUGUACGGCCUCGUCAGCGAAGAGACCUAUUUCUUCAUGUGGCUUGCUCCCCUGGCGGCGCUCUUAGUAAACUCUUGCGCCAUUGCUAUCAGGGCAAUGCUGUCCAAAUACGUCACGUCAGAUGAAGUAGGCAAAGUGUCAGCAGUCCUGGGGGCGCUGGACGGCAUCAUGCCCAUGAUCAGCUUCUCGCUUUACACGGCCGUCUACCACUCGACGGUGGAGGUCUUCCCCGGCGCCCAGUUCUUCUUCGGCGCCUCCUCCAACGUCCUCAUGGCGCUCAUCUUCAUCUUCGUGAUGGUGACGGACAAGACUGGCACGUACAACGUGGAGGCGCCGAAGCCGCGCAAGGAGCCCGUGGCGGCCGUGACGGAGAAGCGGCUGGUCAUGCACCAGGACUCGCGCUGGCUCUACGAGGACGCCGGCCACAACAAGCUCAAGAUCCGCCUGUCCACCAUCCUGCUGUCCUCCCUCAACUUCAGCAUCGAGGUGCCCACGAUGGAGAGCAGCUUCGGCAAGCCCCUGGAGACGAUCCAGGAGGAGCCCGAGAAGGAGGAGGAGGAGGCGGCGAAGGAGAAGAAGAGCGAGAAGGAGAAGGGCGGCGGUCGGGACGCCUUUGACAACCCCGCUUACGCGCACGACGACGCGGUCUGAGGCCUGUCCUUCAGGCCGGUCCCGCGCCCGUCCUGCCCGGCGCCGGCACUGAUCUCUCCCUGUUAAUGUGUGUCUAUAUAUAUAUAUGUUUGUGUGUGUGUGUGUGUGUGUGUGUGUGUGUGUGUGUGUGUGUGUGUGUAUGUAUGUAUGUAUGUAUGUAUGUAUGUGUGUAUAUAUGUAUGUAUGUAUGCAUGUAUAUAUGUAUGUAUGUAUAUACACAAUUCUUACUGUACACACUUAGUAUUACCUUUCGCCAAACCCGUGAACAGGCUAUAGCGAUAACCCAUAUAUUUCUUUAUUUGUUUGUAAUUCUAAAUAUUCCUUUAUGAUUAUGUAUAUGAUAUGCCUGUUCCCUGUUCUACCGGGCAAGGGGAAAUCGUGUUAAGAGAGGAUCCAUGACAAUAGAAAAGGUCCUGAAUGUUGCAGAUUCAUUGCAAGUCUUGACCAUGUAAGGAGCUUUUGUAAAUAGGUCUAUUGUGUGUGUGUGAGUGUGUGUGUAUGUGAAUGUGAGUGCGUGUGUGUGUCUGAGUGUGUGUGUGUGUGUGUGAAAGGAAAUGUGUUUUUAUAUUAAGCUUAACGUGUUUUUUAACUCUCUUUCCCUCUUUCUUUCCCUCCUCAUAUGCUCUUGGCUGCUGUGUUCACCUCACCAAGAGAGGGAAGUCAUUUUCUAUUCCUUAUCGUAUCUUUAGGUAUAUUCACCUUUUAUAUUACAUUUGUGAUGACGACAAAGUUCUAGAGAUUAUAACAUGUCUUUUACCAUCGUUAUUGUUUCAUUAUUUUCUGUCAACCUUUACUUCAUAUUUUUUUCGAUCAACAUAUUCUGAGAAUGUUUUAUUUAUUCUUCAUUAUCAUUUUUAUUGAUACAUUUUUUCCCUGACGAGUGCUCUCUACAAGAAAUUGAAGUCAAGCUAAAGAAAACAAUAUUUUAAGAAUACUUCUGUCAAAAAAAACAGAUAUUCAUAUGAACACAAUAUAUGAUAGGCUGUAUAUAUUCAUAAUGUAUGUGUUUAUAUUUUCACGUGAUAUGUCGUAACUAUAUACAUAUGCCUUUACAUUCUAGUUUAGAUAAUGCCAACAAAUGAGGCGUUUUUAGUAAUAGAAUCUAUAUUGUGAUUUUUCCACAAUAAACAGUGAAUUAAU